AUGGAGGACAGAAGCCAGGAGGUCCUGGCCGUUGCCGUGCUUUUCUUUGCCAUGUCGUGGCUGGCUGUCAUGCUGCGCGUUUACGUCCGAAUCAUCCUUCUCAAGAGUUGGGGUCUCGACGAUUGGGCCAUGGCCGUGGCCCUGCUAUGCUUCACCAUCUACCUGAUUUGCCAGCUCGGAGGCGUCUACUAUGGCACCGGCCGACAUUAUCAUGACUUGGACGAAAGCGACUUCCACAAAGGCUUAGGCUUCUGGUGGCUUUGCGAAAUCUUCUACGUUUUGAGUUCGACAUCACUCAAGGUUGCCAUCGGCCUUUUCCUUCUGCGCAUUGCUGUCAACAAGCAGCACAUUGUCAUCAUUCACGUCAUUAAUGCCGCAUCAAUUGUCUUUGGCUUGGCCUAUGUGUGCGUCGUCGCCUUUCAGUGCACGCCGGUCCACACCUUCUGGACGAUCCGGCCAAACAACCCCAAUUGCCUUCCCAGAGACACCGUCGCCAACGUCACGUACGCCGCCAGUGCCUUGGCAUCAUUCGCGGAUUGGACUUUCGGUAUUCUCCCGGGCUUCAUCGUUUGGGAUCUGCACAUGAACAAGCGCACCAAGAUAGUAGUGGUCGGAAUCCUGGGCUUCGCGGCCAUCGGCAGCACGGCUACACUGGUCCGCAUUCCGUUCAUCAAGGGCCUCAAGACUCCAGACGACUUCCUCUGGACCUCAACCGACAUUGCCAUCUGGUCGACGAUUGAACCCGGUAUCGGUAUCACUGCCGCAUGUAUCGCCACGUUGCGGCCGCUGCUCCAAAUGUUCUUACACCGCACCGGUCUCAGCACUCACUCGCACACCAACACCACGCCUUUCACUCCCAACUGGGGCUCAGGCAACCACCUCGCGACUAAAGGUCGCGCGGGUUACAUCCGCAGUGGCAGCUUCGCGCAUGGUAUGGAGACUCUCCGGCCCGACUACUCGGGCACGACGACCACCGUCACCGGUCGCGGUGACAAGAGCUGGCGCUGUGACAGCGAUGACAACAGCUUGGAAGAGAACGUUGCCACUAGCUGCAAUGGUGUGCAAAUCAACAAGACGGUGCAAAUCACCCAUAUAACCGAAGAGGCGGCAGAAGAUCAUCACAACCACAGAAUAUCGGGUGAUGAUGCAGUAUAA